CAUGCUGUUAUGUUGCUAAUAUGUCAUUAUGUCUACAUGUUCACGCUACAAACAUAACGUCCAAUUUACGUCGAGAUAACGUCCUUUUUAUGUCGUUCGUGACGAUGUCGUUAUGUGGUUAUGUCGCUAGUGUGAACCAGGCUUUAUCAAACAGAUCAUUACCGGUUAGAGUUAAAACUCAGUGGUAAAUAUGACCUUUAGCAAAAGCUGCCUAAGAUUUCCUCGCACUUCCGCAUCGAGCUGGCGGAGUUCUUAUAUGAGUUGCCGUCGUGGCAUGCUAUGGGAUUUUAAGGUGGCUGACAUCGAUUUCUAGUACUUGUUAAGCGUCUAUGUACUUUGGCGGAUGGGUAGUACCUUUCUCUGUAAGGUGAUAGCACAAUAGUGGUAUCAAACACAUACCUAACCAUCGGUAAACAUCCUAUGGCAAUUUUCUUGACAUCAUAGGUUGGUUAUUAUGGCAAUAGUAAAAUCUGUCAGAAACACACUAAGUUUAGCUUUUGGUAAUAAUAACUCAACAUCGAGCUCGGUGGCCCAUUAUUUUCAUUGUUGAACAGUGAUUAGUUGUGGAGAUCCGACAUUUUACCUAAUUCAAAAUUAAAUUAAAUUCGUCGAAAAAGAUUCAGAGCCACUUUAAAUUUUCGCGAAAAUUUAAGGCAGCUCUAAAUCUGCCCCACAGUUCUAAACUUUGUGAUAAGAUGAAUCUAGACAUACUGACCACAAAAGAGGGAAACUGCAAAAUAAAUAUAAAGGUUUGUAUUUGAAUCAGUUACGUUAGAACUCUUUUCACAGAAUAGGGAAGGAAAUAGGUGACGUCAUUUUCAUGUCGUUUUCCAGCUAUGUAUAAAGAGGCACUGGAAGUCGGCAGUUAUCAUACUGCUAUGUGUGGUCGUGUCGGUAUUGGCGACUCUAGUUUCUGUCUCCACUGUGCGCUCAAGGUAUGCUAGUUCUUCGGCACAAUCACCUCAGAAGUCUUCUCUGAACCUUGAAAUGCCGCUAGGACAAGGACAAGACGGCAAAUCUUUCCUUAACUUUGGAGUGCGGUUAGACUCUCGGCUUCAAGAAUGCCAAGAAGCUCACUGGAAACGAUCAUUUCCAGAUCUUGAUUAUGCGUUCUUUGGGUACGACGUCUUAAAAGGAUAUCCACUGGCAUCAGGACAUGAUCCUGGCUUCACUCACCCAAUCUUUCUGUCAAAGUAUUCAUCCAGCAAGCAGACAUCUGACUGUCGCUACAGUGUUCCCGAGGGGCUGAUUGUCGUACCUGAUGUGUCGUGUGUAACCUCGUUUUCCUCCAAAGUGAUUCGAAACAAAGUGGAGAUGUCCUCGUCUCUUUCCGCAUCAGCUAACGUUGAAGGAGGGGGAUGGGGCUUCAAGUUUUCCGCCAGCGCAAGCUACAAAGAAUCCGUUGCCCAGAUGUCGUCAGGGGAGUUCCUGUACAUAAUUUCACAGGCGCAGUGUCGUUAUUACUUUAGCAAACUUGAUGCCACUGAUCCGCCGCCAUUUCAUCCAGGGUUUGUGACCUGGGCGAAGAAACUGGCUUCCUCUGAUGCUGGUCAAGACGACCUCGUUCAGUUCAUAGAAUACUUUGGAACUCAUUACGUGUCAGAAGUGACUUUUGGAGCACGAUUCAUGAAACAGCAUAGAGUCAGCCAAACGAAAUAUAAAGAACUGAGAGAGAAGUCAGUAAGUGUAGAGGCACAAGCCAGCUAUUCUGGUAUGUUCAGUGUUGGAGGAGGCUUUUCAUUGGAUUCAGAGCAGAGAUCCGCCGCUUCCAACUUUCAAAAGUCCGUGGAAACCAGCACUAUAACUGUGGGAGCAGCUCCUCCUAGUAAUGGUGAUGCUAUGACUUGGGCUUCAUCCGUUCAGGAAAACCCAGUUCCAACAAAGUACUCUCUAUCACCCGUCUAUGACCUUUUCACUGAAAGGUACGCCGAGUAUCUUCCUGGGAUUGAUCUGAACGCCAUGCGAGAGAAACUGAUUAACACUUCAAGGAAUUAUUGUCGGAUUUUGAGAGGAAAGGGAGAGAUAGAUUCAUGUGAUGAUAGCAUUAAUCUGGGGACAACUCUUCAAGGCGUCGACGUAUCAUCAUUUGGCUACAGGUAUUUGACAAACGUAGACGAAGCAGGAUGUCGAGCAAGUUGUCUUCUGGAGGACACCUGUCUUGCAGUGCAGUACUCCACGGACACCAGAGGCUGUAAACUCCUGGACACAAAACCGAGAUCGGUCGAGGACAAAUCGACGUCCAAAAUAGUCGUUUUCCUGCCACGAUUACAGCGAGAAAGGGACACUCUUGUUUUUGACGACCUGAAGGUCAAGACAGAUCAGCAACCACGUCGCUCCGAGAUAGCUGGUAACAUUACGGUGUGCAAUAUGUCUUGUUCCCAAGACGCCUUCUGUGCAGCCUUUGUCUUCUGUCACCGUGAUGCAGGAAGCUGGUGUACGACCUCCAAGAACUGCUUGCUGUAUUCAAAACAGCAGGUCGCAGCUGUUGAAAAAGAUGAGUAUUCCGUGAUGUAUUUUGUAUGGAAAAAUUACGCUCUCGUUACAGACAAAGGACAAGUCCAAGUGAACAGACGGAAACGUAGAGUAGCACUAGACGAAAGGAAAGAUGUGUGACCAGCUUUAACAUCAAUGACGAUCCCUGCUUGCUUGGCAGGA